AUGGGGAGAGGAAAGAAGCAAAGGAGGUGGAGGAAAAGGUUUGCCAUGACACCAUCGCCAUCGUUACUACCCAAUAACAUGCUACUGACUCUCAUCAUCCUCCCCAUCACUAUCACCAUCACCAUCACCAUCACCAUCACCAUCACCAUCAUAAUCAUAAUCACCUGCCAGCAUGUUCAAUCCGUCCUGCGAGUAAGUUGGAAUGAGACAACCCAACGUCACCUCCUCCCUCCCAUCCACCCCCUCUUCCUGCACCCCGCGAAUCGUGCCGCCAUCCCCGCCGUGCUCAGCGCCGUUAUUUCCGAUCCCCCUGCUUUGCCCACCGCCUCUUGCGCUGGUGGCUUUUCCCCAAACGACUCUAGUAUCUACUCGCGCUUCCGCCUCUCGCGCUCCGAUCUCUCGAAGCAUAAUGUCUGCGGCCUUCGCCUGCUCUGGAGGUACCGUCCCUUCCCGUAA